CAACCAGGGACUGCUGAAAAUAGCACUUCUUUUUGCUUUCUUUGUAUUCAAAACUAUAUCCUUUCCCGACCGAUUCUACUGCCCCAGGUCCAAGUCUCUCCAGUCAGAAGCCCCAGCUCUCCAGAACAGUAACAGAUCCUUUAGCUCGCUUUUAUUAUUUUAUUUUUUAAACUAAUUAUUAUUACAUUUUCUCCCCCUUGUUUGUUUUCUGCACAUCUUCAGGAAGCCCUCAGUGCUUGCGCAAAGAGAAGCUCCUAUUGCAACCUCCCUCCCUGCGCUGUGCACCUCGGUGUAAACAUUUUGGAUGAUCUAAAGACUCUGGGGUCUGUAUAUGGAAAUAGUGGGGUGCAGAGCAGAAGAAAAUACUUGUCCUUUCCGUCCCCCAGCCAUGCUUUUCCACGGGAUCUCCGGAGGCCACAUCCAAGGAAUCAUGGAGGAGAUGGAGAGGCGAUCCAAGACCGAGUCCCGCCUGGCCAAAGGGGGACAGAUGAACGGCCGAGAUACGAACAUGCCCCCCAUGAGCCCCGAGAAGCCUGCUUUGUGUGCUGGUUGUGGAGGGAAGAUCUCAGACAGAUAUUACCUGCUGGCUGUUGACAAACAAUGGCACCUCAGGUGUCUUAAGUGCUGUGAAUGUAAACUGGCUUUGGAGUCAGAACUCACCUGCUUUGCCAAGGACGGCAGUAUUUACUGCAAGGAGGAUUACUACAGAAGGUUCUCCGUGCAGAGAUGUGCCCGCUGCCACCUUGGGAUCUCAGCCUCUGAAAUGGUCAUGAGAGCCAGGGAGUCGGUUUAUCACCUGAGCUGCUUCACCUGCACCACCUGCAACAAGACUCUGACCACGGGCGAUCACUUUGGCAUGAAGGACAACCUGGUUUACUGCAGGGCCCACUUCGAGUCCCUUUUGCAAGGAGAAUACCCCCCUCAGCUGAGCUACACCGAGCUGGCCGCCAAGAGCGGAGGACUGGCCCUGCCUUACUUCAACGGCACCGGCACGGUCCAGAAGGGGAGGCCCAGGAAACGAAAGAGCCCUGCCUUGGGAGUGGACAUCGUCAGCUACAACUCAGGUUGUAAUGAGAAUGAGGCAGAUCACCUGGACAGAGACCAGCAGCCUUACCCCCCAUCCCAGAAAACAAAGCGCAUGCGUACCUCCUUCAAACACCACCAGCUCCGUACCAUGAAGUCCUACUUUGCUAUCAACCACAACCCAGAUGCCAAGGACCUCAAGCAGCUUGCUCAGAAAACAGGCCUGACCAAGAGAGUUCUGCAGGGAGAACAAAUCAUGGGGCAUUACAGCCAAACAUCCCGACGUUUGAAAAUUCCCUAAAGUAUUAAAAGAAGGGGAAAAGUUUGAUCGGAAAUCCACUGCAGUGAAGACAAAGACAAUAUUAGGUUAUGAUAAUCAUACAUUUAAAAAUCUAUUGAGCCAAAAAAUAAAAAAUAAAAGACUCGAUGUAAUUUCCUGAAUGUUAACAAAACAUACGUUAUUUUAUGGUGUCUAAUUAACAGAACUGAAGGCUUCAACAAAUUGUGUGGUAUCAAAAACAAAUUUAGAGAACCUAUGUAUAAAACCAGAGCAACCUGGCAGCAAUCUACCCAGCCCAUAUUCGAAGAAACCUUUUCUUUUUUUAAAAAAAAAAUCACAUUUGUCAAGCACAAGUACUUGUAAAAUAAAAUCUGAGUGCAUUCAUUCCACUUGCUUGCUAAUGUGUACUAGUCAUAUCUGUUAAAUGGAUUUUUGUAAAUUCAAGGAGAACUUUUCACUCAUCUGAGAUCAUAGGAAUCAAAACCCAGUAACUUUAGUACUAUUGUUUCCAAAUUAAUUUUUUUAAAUGAGACAGCUCUGCAUGCACUUUUCCAUCUGUCACAUAUAGUGUACAUUUCUGUAUGAUGAAUUUCUCUUUGAUGUUUCUUGUAUAAUACCUUUCAUUAAUAAACAUUUUAUUUGAUG